CCAAAUAAAAGCUUGAAAACUCUUGUUCCAGAGCUAGUGAAUCUACCUGCAGCCAAGGUGAGAAAGCUGACCAUUUGUGUGCACUGUUGUUGAAUCCAUGAACAUGUGGACAUCUCUCCUCUGUCUUCUUCUGGCUGGUGCAGUAUCUGCAGCACCACUUUCACCGUUUUUCAAUUAUCUCCCUCAUUAUGGCAACCCGAAGCAGGGAAUACCAUCACAGCCACAUCCUGGUCUGAACGCUCCAAUCAGCAUGGAAAUCAUCUUUCCGCCAAGAUUUCCUACUAAUCCAGUAGGGGGAGCAGCUGGCGCAUCGUCAUUUCCUACACAAGCGUUCAUCAAGUACUCUCUCCCUAAAGCUCCAGGCAGAAAAAGCGUGGAAAUCUUUUACCCCUAUGACUUCAGUCAGCACAAGGACCAACCAACUGUUCCCCUGAUACCUCCAAUUCCAAAUAUCUUCCCCUUCGAUUUUAUGCCACAGACAGUUCCUCAACAGCCACCUGUGAACCCACCAUUCCAGGAUAGUCCUCCACAAACCCAAGAGCCUCAGCAGCAAACCCAGCCAGAGCAGCAGGCUCAGACAGGACAGGUGUCUAACAAGCCCUGAAGAACGGCACAUCUUUGAAGCUGAGCGAGAAAAAGAUAUCAAACAACAUGAGUGUGUUAAACUUUUUUGUCUAAUGCUGUUUAGAGCUAGUUUAUAGUUUUUCUGAAAUAAUAAUUUAAAAUGAGCUGAUUUUUUUUUAACAUGAAGAA